AUGGCUGCACGCAACUCCAAUACUGCACUUGUGAAGCAGUUGCAACGCUUAAAAUCACAACAAGUUGUAGAAUAUGAAAAUUUUGAUGUACGCAAGAAAGUAUCAGUCCUCUUUCAAUUUAAAGAAGCUGCAGAUUUCGACGAUGAAACUAUAUUUGCUUUGGGUGUCAAUGGCUUACAAGGUUUAAUCAAUGCUAAUAAGAGAAAUUUUGAAGAAUUUGCUAAUGAUCUUUUCCAUAUCGAUAGUCAAAGUGUUUAUCGUUCUCAAUUAACACAAGAUGAAAAUGAGGCAAUUAGCCAACGCAUUCGUUCUUUCUUGUUAAGAUUAUGCCCCUAUUUCAUGCUACAAGCUGCUAUGAAAUGCAUGGAAUGGCUGAUUCGUCGCUAUUCUAUACAUCAAUUUAAUACUGAUGAUGUCAUGGUUUGCAUCCUACCUUACCAUCAAACUCAACAAUUUGUACGUGUUCUACAAGUUCUACCUAUUGCUCAUGAUCGUUCACGAUGGAAUUGGUUGAAAAAUAAUCGUGCUCAAGGUGUACCUCUAUCCUCCAUUAUAUUGCAACAACGUUGCUUAAGCGAUUUAUCCAUCUUGACGUUAAUAUGUCGUAACCUUCAAGAUUCACUCAAGUAUAAUAUCAAUGCAAGUUCAACUGUAGUCGUUAAUUUCUAUACCUCAACUAUAGUUGGCCUACUAGAUUCUAGCCAUUCUGAUAAAAUGAAUGAACAAUUUAUGAUUACCUUAACACCGUACCUGAUUAAAGGCCUCAAGUCAAAACAUAAUGAAUCCAUUGCUGGCACCUACAUAAUCAUAACGCAAAUGAUGAUGAAAAUGACCUUUGAAAACAAGUUUUGUACUAUGCUUAUUGAUUGUGUAACCAAGCAUCUAUCUCCAUCGUUGCAAGUUGAAGCUAUUGCAUGCAUCACGUGCAUUUGUCAAAGUCAAAAUGUCCAAACAUUAAGCUGGAGCAAACUAUUGAAAUUGUAUUGUCAUCAAAGACAUAUCCUGACAGACGAUGAUGAAAUUAAUGUGUUAAAGGAAACGGUUGCUCUUAUUUUAAAAUCUAUUAACUCAAGAUAUCCAAGCGUAAUUGAUGACGGUAUCAAGGAUUUCAUAGACCAGACACAAAGCAAAAAUGACAGUAAUGAUAUUGACCCAUUGUCAGGUCGAAAUUCCAUUCUAUGGAUAGAAGAAAUGGUUUACCUUGCAACAGCUAUAUCCAAAUAUAAGGUGAUACCAGAAUGUGAUGAUCGUCCAUUAAUUGUUAGCUUAUAUCAUCCUGAAGCGAAAAUUCGUAGCUUAGCCGUCAGGCAUAUUCAACAAAACUUGUUAACCCAAAAGGUGGAUACUGACAACAAGCAAUUCUAUUAUGAGGCCCUUAUUAAUCGAUGGCAGGACGAUGACUACACUGUCGUUUCUAGUGUCUUAAAUAUUGGACAAAAUUUGACUCAGAUUUUUGAUAUGCAACAUUUAAGUGAAAUGCUUAUUAAUAAAUGCAAUGAAUUAUUUCUAGACGAAAAUCUAUUAAGUCAGGAAGUUCUUCAAAAUAUUCUAACGAUUAUGCUGGAUCGAUGGUUUCUUGAAGAUUUGAAAGAUUUUGAUACUAUUUUUGUGGCUAUAAUACCUCACCUUAUAUGGUUGCCUAAAAGAAAAGGUUUUUCUAGUAAACUAAUACUAAAGUUGGCAAAAUCUUUAUUGGUGUCAAAGCAUCCGUUGUUACAUGAUAUUAAGAGCUUGAUCUCAAAUAAAACCGUGAAAGAAGCUUUGGCAGCUGAUCAAGGUAGUAAAGUGGCUAAAGUAAAUAAUGCUAUAUGCAAAUGGCUUACCAGCAAUCUAACACAAGACAAUAUACAAAAUUUUCUUGAUAACUGUAGCAACCAAAGCCAAAAAUUUCGAUCUGAUACUCAGCGAGAUGUCUUUAACUCCUUUAUUUACUGCGUAUGUUAUCAAUGGGUUAAACAUUGGAGUACUCAACAAAAGCAGUUGAACUCAGCAUCUAUAAACUGUCUCAUAUUAUACCUUUAUGAAGAUCUUCGUUUGUUGGCUAGCCAUCGUGGGCAUCAGUUGCAGGUUGAAUUUGAUACUGGCGACGGAAUUGAAAAUAAUGACGAUGCAAUUGUGACAAGUUUUUUUAAUACAAUCCCCAUCAUGAUUCGGAAAUGUGAUAGCAAACGCUACAAAAAGAGCAAAUCUAUGUUUCUACUAAGGUUUCUGAAAGCUUUAUUAGGUGUAUUGCCUUCGCAAAAUGCGGAAGUCGAUUGGUGGAAGUGGACUGAUGAAUAUCAGGCAAAAAUCAAGUUGGUUGAUUUAAUUGCUUAUGGGUCAGGAAUUUUAUUUAAGCUGAAGUAUCAAUUAUAUUUUCGGUAUUUAACCAAGGAAUUAUUAAUGGAAUUAUCAAACAAAGAUCGCAGUAAUUUCUUGAACUCUUCGCCAAUAUUGCAAUGCUACAGUUUGAAUCUAGCAACUGCACUUAUACAAGGUGCUACCGACAAGAUAUUAAAGGAUCUUAUGAAUAGCAGUUGUCCUUUGGUACCAUCUUUAUUAGUCCCUAUCAAUAGUGAAAAUCCUUGCGUUCGUAAAGCAGCUGUAAUAUUCUUGAAAACAUGUAUCGAUCGAAUACAUGCUAUUGAUUCAAGCGUGAUGGCAUUUGCUUUCGCUAAUAUAUCAUCAACCAUUUGUCAAGCUUCUGAAACUAUUGUGGCUGACAGGGAGCAGAUUUCUAAAGUAUUUGCGUCUCAUUUCGACAAAUUAACAGCUGAUGUUAAAAGCAAAGAGAAGAAAUCAAGUAGAAGCAAAGCAGCUAUAUUAAAAAGAGCUAAAGAAAGUGCCAUAGAAGCAAAUUUUAAUUGUAUUAUGGAACAUGUGACAAACCUUCAAACGCCUCCCAUUAUCAGAUAUAAUGUUUUAACGUCGUUACAACAAGUCAAUAAUACGCUCAAAUUAAAGUUUGGUAUGGAAUUUUUUAUGAGGCUAUUGGACAUCGUCCAAUCGGAGCAGAUUUUCGACUUACGUCAAGAAGAUGCCUUGUGUCUGCAAAAUUUUUUAAAUUGUUUUACGAAAGAUGUAGCGAAAAAUCUAGCUACGGAACCAUUAUUACUGAAUAGUUUUAUGACUGCUUUAUCUAUUCCGAAUGAUAUACCAUAUCUGGCUCAUCAAUCACCACAAACGCUGAGCCUUACACAGGUGACGCCUGGUUUCUUCGCUGCCAUCAAAGAUGAAAAGAUUCAACAAAAGAUUUUUAGUUACUUAUGUGAUCAGUUAUUAAUUGCAUCGGCUGUAGAACGAUCGUCUACUAUACCUCUAACACUUUCUAAGAUACCAUUAACUGCUGGUCAGUACAAUACGGAAUUUACAACGCUUAACUUUACUUCAAUUAAAGAUCAGACUUCAAAACGUCCUAGAAAACAAAUAUGUAUGGAACUAGAUGAUUCUGAUAUCGAAUAUGGAAAACAAUUACUAUUAUCUAAUAUAAUAUGGACUUGUAAAAUAGUACAUAAAGAUAUACUACUGGAAGAAUAUUUUGACGUCGAACAAGUUGUCAAUUGUAUACGGAAAUCAGAUAAUCCUCAGACGCAUCAACAAGCACUAUUGGCUCUUAAUCUAAUAGCAAAUAUUUUCCCUGACUUACUAUUUCAUAACGUUAUGUCGGUAUUUACGUUCAUGGGAGCUAAUAUUAUGAAGCACGAUAGUGCUUACAAUUUUCAAAUUAUAAAUCAAACAAUUGAUGCCAUUAUUCCUCCAUUACUUGAGUCCAAUACUCUGGAAAGUCAAAUGAAAAUUGAAAUUAAUUCAGGAAAAGGCGUAAUGACAUCGGUUGGAGAUGUUAUUACGAGAGUUAUACAGGUAUUUGUUGACGCCUGGGCUCACAUACCUAGUCAUCGUCGUGUACCAUUAUUUGAACAUUUAUUACGGAAAUCUGGUUCUUGCCGAUCUCUUAGUACUACUUUGUUGAUGUUAGUGGAAUCUGAAAUUAGUAAUGUGGAUGAGGAUACAACAGCGCAAGUUAACAGGGACAACAAGAUAGAUUUUUGCUUACCUUUAUAUCAAAAAUUCGACGUUGUUACUCAACUCGAUGCUAUCAUUGAUUGCGUGAAAUAUAUUUCAAAUCUUUCUGAUGAUCAACGGGAUUCGAAACCAGUGACAGGUCGAUCUAGAAAAUCCCCAGAAACCCUGCAGAUAUUACAAAUUUUUGACGCCGAAACUCAUACAUCCAAACAAUUAAGGAGAUAUCGUUAUACUGUUGCUGGAUUAAUUGUGAACUUAAUGGAUGACAGUAAAUACACUGAAGCAGUCAGCGAUCUUAAGAAUGACAAGACUCGUCAACUUGAAAAGAAGUUUAUCGAGCUAUUAGAAGAAUCGCUGAGAUAUAUCACGAAAAUAUCGAAACUAGCAGAGUUACAUCGGGUUGAAUCUAUCGGUCGCUACUGGAACGCCUUAAAUAACCGUUUUAAUGUUAUUGUGGAUAAAGUUAAUGGAUUAUUACCUUUGCAUGCCUUUAUUCCUGUCAUUUCAUCAUUGUUAAAAAGUGACAAUAUCGUCACUUGUCGCAAAUCAUUCGAUUUAUUGGGCAGUAAGCUUGUUCAUGUUGAUCUACGCACAAUAUUAGAAUUGAAAACGCAAGUAAUCGGUUUAGUAGAUCAGCUUUUAGAAAUCGUAAUUGGCUCAAAGGAUCAACUAUACAUUAAAGAAAAAGCUUUAUACUGCAUUUCGUCAAUUUCCUCUUAUUUAGCUCCUGAAGAUCCUCCAUUGUUUACUCAUGUUAUUAAAGGAUGUCUUAAAGUUUUGACCGAACCAAGUUUGUCGAUGCCGGUUUUAGCAGCUGCUCUUUUUUGCCUAAGUGAAAUCUGUAGAGGAAUUGGUGCUCAUAUGAUCGCGUUCUUGCCACAAUUAAUGCCGCAGAUAAUGAAAAUAUUUAAAUUGAUUAGAGACGAAAGUCAAGGAGAUCAGCCUUCUAAGAAAUUGGAAGUUUUAGUUACGGCAGCGGUAAAAUUUGCCCAUCGAAUUAUUAGCUGUCUUCCUCACUUUGUUAGCCCUUAUCUAACUGAGUUGUUGAAAGAGUUUACUCGUAGUUAUAUUUCUGGAACUUUGAUUGAUUUAAAUGCAAAAAAAUCUUCGCAAACAUCCGAGUUGGUAAAUGAACUUGAUGGAUUAAGAGAAGACACGGCUUCAUUAUUACCACAUAUUUUAUUACCGGCAAUCGGCCAGAGUUAUAAAGAAAUUAUGCUUGAAGAUGAUUGGCUCGAAGUCGAUACCAACAGAAUUGCAAUGCUUAUGAGCGUCGUUAAGAUAAGCAUUUCGAAAAUGCCUAGCGUGGAUAUAAAGUCUAUGCAACCAAAAUUGAUUAAUAUCUUUAUGGAAGCAUUUGACUAUAGAAUUACGACCCAAGCAAAGAUCUGUUCGGUUUCAUUGGAUGUAUCAGAAAAUGCCAUUAUUGAAGCCUUUUUAGCUUUAGUCGUUAGACUGUCUGAAAAAACAUUUUGGCCAGCAUUUAGGAAGGUAUUUGAUUGGGCGACCGUAGGUGAUGUUCCUAAAGAAAGAAAUAUUGUUUUUUUUCGCGCUACAAACAGAAUUGCUGAUACACUAAAAGGUCUCUUCCUCAUUUUUGCGAGCGAUUUGGUAACUUAUAGUGCUAAAUUAUUAGAUGCCAAUAACGCCAGCAAAGGAGGGAAAUUUUUUAGCAACAACGAAAGCGAUGCAUCAAUUGCAGAAGAAAAAUCGUCCCUACUUACAGAAUUGAUUUUAGAUUGUCUUUAUAAAUGUUUUUUAUAUGAUCGUCAAAAGUUUUUUGAUCAGGAGAAAUUUGAUCUUUUAAUGCAGCCUUUAGUUGAUCAGAUUGACAAUCAAAUUGACGGAGCAGCGAAAUAUGAAGAGCGUGUACUACAACAUCUUUUACCAUGCAUAGUUGAAUUUGCUGUCGUUAUUGAAAAUGAUGCGUUAUGGAAACCUUUACACUAUCAAAUUUGCCUGAAAACUAGACAUAAAUCACCACAGGUACGCUUCGCCAGCGUUAAAAUAAUUGGUGAACUGUAUCGCCGAUUAGGGGAAAAUUUUAUUUUGUUACUUCCUGAAACCAUUCCGUUCUUAGCUGAACUUAUGGAAGAUGAGUCUGUUGAAGUUGAGAAAGAAUGUCAAGAAGUUGUAGCAGUUAUUGAGAAUAUUACUGGAGAGUCUGUUGAGAAAUUUUUUUAA